AUGACAGUGCUAUGGUGGAAGGUCGUCGCGGGCGUCGCCGGCGCGCUGCUGGUCGACGCAGCGCUCGCCUGGGCGCUCCGACGCCGCCGCAACAUCGUCGGGAAGCAUGUCCUCAUCACGGGCGGGUCGUCCGGGAUCGGACUCGCCCUCGCCAAGCAGUUUUUGCACGAGGGCGCAGCUGUUGUCUCCAUCGUCGCCCGGCGCGAAGGGCAGCUGCGGGAGGCAGCGGCCGAGCUGGACGACAUCAUCGCGGGAGGAGGGCCGAGUUGCGCGGGAGCGGCGGUGCUGACGCACGCUGCGGACGUCACGUCGAGCGAAGCAGCCUCCGCCGCUGCGGCGGCACUUGCUGAGCGCGCGGGGCGGCCCGUGGACGUGCUCGUUGCGUGCGCGGGCUCCGCGACGCCGGGGUUCUUCCACGAGCAGGACGUGGACGUGUUCGAGCGCACCAUGAAGCUCAACUUCCUAGGCACGGUCAACGCAAUCAAAGCAGUGGCGGGCGGGAUGCUGGAGAGGCGGUCAGGCACCGUUGUGGUCGUGUCGAGCGCGAUGGGCCUGAUGGGAUUCACGGGGUACUCGAGCUACGCGCCGUCGAAGUGGGCCGUGCGCGGGCUGGCGGAUUGUUUGCGAAACGAGUGGCAACGGACGGGCGUUGACAUUUGUGUGGCGUACCCGGUGGAUACGGACACGCCGGGGUUCGCGGAGGAGAACAAGACGAAGCCGCCGGAGUGCCACGUCAUCUCGAGCCAGGGCAGCUUCUACUCGGCCGAGGCCACGGCUCGGUGCAUCGUGAGAGGCAUAAUUGCCGGGAAAUACCAUCUGCCGACUCCCGACCUCGGCGUCACCCUCCUCGGCCACCUCCAGGCCGGCAUCUCCGCGCGGGCGCUAGGGCCGCUGUCGGACGCGAUCCUGGCGGCGAUCGGCGCGCCCGUCCUGCGCGUCAUCGCGUUUCUGAUGGAUCUUGUGGUGAGACAUUUUCAAACCCGCCGCGCACGGGAGCAACGCGAGGACGGAGGGAGCGGAGCGGCGUCGGAGGGGGGCGGCGGGGAGCAGGCGCACGAGGGGGCGCGGCCGGCGAAGGCGUCUCAGGCGUCCUUGCGGUCGAGAAAGACUGGACGUUCCUCGGAUUUGAUUAAAUGA